AUUGAGAUGCUCUAAUAUUACACAUUGCUGUUUGAAGUUUGAACAUCAACUGCUGCUGCAACCUCAUUUUCACCCGUCACUCUCUGCUGAUUUGCCUCUACGAAACCCAACUUUACUACCCAAAAAUGGUGUCCCUCCGCCUCAAUAUCUUGCCAAGGUUUCGCCUUUGCUCUCCUCUCUCGCAGAACACAAGAAAGGAAGCAAUCACUCGUUGUUGUACCAGAAUGAGACCUCGUCUUUUCUGCUCUUUAGCAAACUUUUCAGAUUUUGAAUGUGAUCAAGUUGAUGAUGGUAGUGAGACGAUGGAGAAAAAUGCCAAACUUCUUUUGGCUCUCAAAGAGGUUUCUAAUGAAUUCUCUAAAGAGUCUAGAUUGUCUUUACAGGGGUUUUUCAACUCACGUCGCCCCCCUGUGAUAUCUACAGGCUCAUUGAAACUCGAUCUUGCGCUUGGUAUUGGUGGAUUGCCGGAGGGAAGAAUGGUUGAAAUCUAUGGCAAGGAAGCUUCUGGAAAGACAACACUUGCGCUUCAUAUUAUCAAGGAAGCACAAAAGCGUGGAGGAUACUGUGCAUAUCUAGAUGCUGAGAAUGCAUUGGACACUUUACUUGUGGAAUCAAUGGGAGUAAACACAGAAAAUCUUCUUAUUUCACCUCCAGAUUCUGCGGAAAAUUUGCUGUGUGUAGUUGAUACACUGACCAAGAGUGGGUCUGUGGAUGUGAUCGUGGUUGAUAGUGUUGCUGCUCUUAUCCCUCAAUUUGAGGUUGAUGGUGUGAUAGGAAAUACUGAGGACAUACAAUCAAGAGUAAUGUCCCAGGCAAUCCGGAAAAUUAAUUAUUCUUUAUCUCAUUCAAAAACUCUUAUUGUUUUCCUUAAUCAGGUUAGAAGAAAUGUAAAAUCCGAACAAGGUCUAGCUCAUCUGUCUGAGGGAACUUGUGGUGGAAAUGCCUUGAGGUUCUAUUCAGCUAUACGGUUGAGAAUGGUCCGAACAGGAUUGCUAAAGACACAGGAUAAGAUAACUGGCGUUGGAGUGUCAGUGCAAGUGGUGAAAAAUAAGUUGGCACCUGCAAUGAAAAAAGCUGAUAUUAGGAUACAAUUUGGGAGAGGCUUUUGCUGUGAAUCCGAGGUUUUGGAAUUGGGCUGUGAACAUGGAAUCAUCUUGAGAGAAGGAAGUACUUACCUCAUUGGAGAAGAAGCUUUGAGCAACAAACAAGCCGCUGAAGAGUAUCUCGCUGAAAACAAUGGGGUUCUCGAUGAAGUAGUUACAGCUUUGAGAAGACAGUUAUUUGAAAGAAGAGUUAAUUAACAUUACACACCUGGAUGCAUGAGCUAUUACAAUAGGUUCGAUUUGGGUGUGGAUUACGCAUCCUAGAAAACUGCCCCAUGGAGAAUUGGAAUGCACAUCAGUGGGGCCGGAGCUUAUACAUGAGAUGCAGAAGGGGUUACUACUCGAAUUAGAUGAUCUUGCUGGUUGGGGGCACUUCAUAUUAGAAAAGAUUUGUUACCAGUGGGAGUUUCAGCUAUCUAUGGCUCUUUUGCUUACUCAGUUAACUUGUUGUAUUGACCCUAACGAAACUUAGGACGAACCAUUUACGUGCACAAUUAUAUUGAACAAAGCAAGUAUUGGAAUCUAUCGAAGAUGCAUAAACAUAAGCUGCGUGUUAGGUUACAUCGCACAAUCUGUAUUAUUGUGAUUAUCAUCAUCAGUAUGACUACUUUGACAAUAUUUAAAGUAGUCUUAUACUAAUCAAGUCAAGCACGAGUUCUAUCUA